AUGGAGAAGCACUUGGAGAUGCGCUCGGACAUCUCAACCUAUGCUGUUAGAAUUGCCAUUUCCGCUCUCCUUGAAGAGGUCGCGCUGACACGAGCACUCCUCGACGACAACUUCACUGCACACAUUGGAAAUGCAAUCGUGUGCUUGUCUACCCGAUUGAUCGGCUCAGAUUUGACGUUCGAACAGCUCAAAAACAUGUUCCCGGGGAUGCUCUUCACUGUCUUCGCAUUUUCAUAUUCCUUUGAUAUCGCGAACCAGGCGUUCUCAGUGGAAGAGGAUUCAACAAACAAACCUGAUCGACCCAUUCCAUCAGGCAGACUCACAAGAGAUGGCGCAUACAGGCGCUGGCUGCUCAGCUGGAUCAUUUCUUUGGCCCUUGUAGGAUUAGAAGUCGGUUUCCAAGCUGCUUUAGUGCUUCUUGAAUGGGAAGUGUGGGUUGCACUCUUCUACGUGUGGCCUAAAUUCCAUAAUUGGGUCGCGCGGAACCUCUUCACGGCGGUUGGGGCCACGAUUCAGCUGAGGCUGCUGGAUGCCGUGCUUGUAAAGACCCUUCCCUCUUUUCGCACAGAUAGCUCUCUUGCGUGGCUAUUAUUCACCUGGUUGGUGUGGACCAUCCAUGUGCAGGAGUUUCACGAUAUGGAGGGUGACGAGAGAGUUGGUCGCCAAACGCUGCCGCUGAUUGUGGGCCAUCGAGGGCAGUUCCCGCUGCGUGUUGUGACUGCCAUGAUUGUUGGUGGCACUGGCAUCUCCAGUAUCCUUCUGGUUCAACUUUGGCGGACAUCAAAUCCUGUUCUGUUGUGUCUGGGAUUAGGCCACCUACUCUUCAUGUUAACCGUCGCGGUUCGGCUGGUGGUGCUGCCGUUCAAGGAGGCUGACAAGAUCACGUAUAAGUAUUACUAUACGCUGGCAACCUACAGUCUGCUGCUCUUUCGUCAACAUACUGGAAGGCUAGGCUCGUUUGGUGGAAAUACAACCGAGCUUUGGUAA